AGGACUGAUCAGUCUGUGGCCUAUCCUGUCCCGUCCUUCACCACGUUCAAGGAAGCUCCAACCCACUCUAAUCUCUAUACUCGCACGCACAUUGCCAGCUUACACUGCAGGCCCCAAAUAUAUUUACCGCCGGAAUGGAAAGGCCACUGUGGCUCCUCCUUCUCGCCUCCUCUGUCGUCGUCGCUGUUAUGUCUCAAGAGACCCAUGCAGAUGGCCGCUCUGAUGCUUCGGUGGAGUUCUUGAAGACCCCGCCGCCAUUCUCGGCGUCGAGCUCGGCCACGUUUCAGUUUGAGGUGACCAACGGCAGAAAUGGCAGCUCAUGCCGCAGCUGCAGUAUCACCUGCAAGUUAGAUAACUACAGUUACUCUGCUUGUGAAUCAAAAGACAUUACAUACUCAGGCCUGCUUGAUGGCAAUCAUAUUUUUGAGGUCUGCAUCAAUGGUUCCCGAAGAGUUCGAUGUGCUAGCUAUAACUGGACUGUUGAUACAAUUGCUCCUACUGCAUAUAUAUCCUCUGAUUCUUUCACAAACUCUUUGAAUGUAUGGGUCAAUAUUUCUUUCAGUGAACCAUGCAUCAAUGGAGGUGAAUUUAGGUGCUCCCCUAGUCAUUGCAACCUUCUCAGUUAUGGAGCUGGUCGCAUUGUGCCAUCUACUCUGAAGGUUCUUCUUCCUAAUCGAGAAUUUUCCAUUAUGGUGGAUAUAUCGGCUGAGGUUCAGUUUGGUCGAUUGUUACUAGUAAUGGAUAAGGGCUUCUGCAAGGACGAUGCAGGGAACAUAUUUAAACGAACAUCAAACUCAAGUUUUAUAGUGCAUUUUGAUAGAAGAAGCGUCUCCAUGAACAUAACAAGUCACCUCCCAUUGAAGUUCCUUCAGCUUCAUGGUCAGAAUAGAAUAGCAGAAGCAACUAAUAGUGUUACGGAUUUGAGGAUUUAUUUGACAUUCUCAGUGCCAGUUGUUAACUCAUCUGAAGAAAUUCUUAGUCUUCUUCAUGCAAGCAAUGGUUUACUUGUUCCUACAAACAAGAGAAACCUCAACAAUCGCCGUUUUGGCUACCAAGUACGUAAUAUUUCAACUACAACUGUUGUUACAGUAAGUUGUGACGCUGUACAUAUAAUUAGCAGACAAGGGACUCCAAUUUCUCCAACUUACCCAUUCACAUUCCUUUUUGAUAAUCAAAGACCUUCAGUAAGGUUGAGUACAAAUUCUAGCACGAGGACUAGACAUCACAAAAUACUGGUGCUGAUAGAGUUUCUGAAGCCUGUUUUCAAUUUCAGCGCUUCAGCAAUUGUUAUUUCGGGAGGAUAUAUUCUGAGGUUUCAAGAAAUGGAGAGGAGCACAUAUCUGACUGAAAUACAAACCAAUGAUAGUACCAUUACUGUGGAAAUUCCUGAAAAUAAGACAACGGACAUUGCUGGAAACAGGAACCUUGCAUCAAACCUUCUACAAGUGAAGCAUUAUACCACACCAGCAAUAUCAUCAUGGAUUUCUAGAGUUUCUACUGUUGCAUUUGCAAUGGCAUCAGUGGUUGCAGCGCUUCUUAGUGUUUCAACCACAAGCCUUCUUACUUCUGGAGCAAUUUCUAGACCUAAAUCAUCUCUUGUUUCUGAACCAACAAGGAAUCUUUUGAGAUUUGUAUGUCACAUCCAGGUCUUUGCGCUCUCCCGGUGGUUGUUAACUACCAUUCCCAUCGAGUACUAUGAAUUCUCGAGGAGCAUAGCUUGGAGUAUUCCGUACAUCAAUCUUCCUUGGGAAAGUGUCUCCACUCCACUUGCUGAAUAUUCGUCUGAUAGAUUUGGACGAUAUUCUGAAGCAUGGGGCAGUGCCAAAUUAAACUUUGAGCCCCCAACGCCGCCAAACCAAAUCAUGGAAAUGGACCCUUCUUUUAAUGGGAAGCCACUUACACCUGAAGACUACAUGUCAUUUCUUGAGAAUCAAAACAUGAGAGCUGGAGCUGAAUUCAUUAAUGUUCCUCAAACUUCAUAUAGAUGGACAUAUUUUGGUCGAAACAUUUUCUGGCUGGCUGUCUUUAGUGGUGGAUUGAUCUUGCUCCAUAUGGCAAUUCUUUGCUUUCUGAAAUGGAAGAAGAAUCUGGAAAAUCAAAAGGAGUUUGGAGCCCUUGUGUUCCCAAGGCUUGAAAUAUUCUUGAUAAUGCUUGCAUUGCCAUGUAUUAGUCAGGCGUCUGUUGUGAUAAUUAAAGGGAAAACAACUGCCGGUGUAAUAAUUGGAAUUUUGCUUCUCAGUAUCUCCACAUGUUUUCUUAUAUCCUUGCUACUGUUACUCUCGAUUGGCAUCACCAUGGGCAAGCUUCUACAGUACAAGGAAGUGCACAAGGAAGGGCAGAAGUUCCAUUGGUACCACGAGCUCAUCCGCAUAACUCUCGGCCCUGGAAAAAGAGGCCAAUGGACAUGGAAAGAUCAAGCUAACUCGCUAAAUCUAAUAAAACUAGGACCAUUAUUUGAGGACCUUCGAGGGCCACCAAAGUACAUGCUCACACAAAUUUCCGGUGGUGGGAAUCAAGGAAAGCAGGAUGACCGUAUAAUUGCUUCUGACGAUGAGAAUGAAGAUGCAGAAGCCCCAAUUAUCCAGAAGCUAUUUGGCAUCCUAAGAAUCUACUAUACGCUUCUUGAAUCGGUUAAACGCAUUUCUCUUGGAAUUCUGGCCGGAGCUCACUCAGCAAGCAGCCCUUCGAGAGUUCCUAUUCUGAUUGUUUUGUCCAUCACGUCAUUUCAACUCUUUUUCAUGGUCUUGAAAAAGCCCUUCAUCAAAAAGAAACUGCAACUUGUGGAGAUCAUUUCAGUAGCUAGUGAGGUGGGUUUGUUUGGGGCUUUUCUCGCUCUCCUCGAGAAGGAUUUCUCUGAUGCUGACGAGGGAGUGGGGAUCUUUAUGCUGGCAAUGUUUGUCAUCAUGUUCACUGCACAAUUGGUCAAUGAGUUGUAUGCCUUGUAUCGACAAGUCAUUCGACUGAGCCCGGCUAGGGACUCGUUCUCUUCAGGUUUGAAGAGUGUAUUUGGAGGUCUGUUACUGAUUGUACUGCCAACGUGCCUAUCGACAAAAAUUACUGAGCAGUUGUCAUCCAGAAACAGAGAGAAUGGAAUUACCUUACAUCCUCCUCCGAGUGAAGUUCAAAGAACGUCAGGUACAAGUGAACUAUCAUGGUUGCGACAACUCAGAGCAUUCGCUAAGGGCAGCUUCAGCAGAGAAGACAGAGGGGGAGCGCCGAGUGACCCUUCAACCAGUGCACCCCGCAGGAGUAGCUUUUGGACUGGUAAGAGAAGCAGGAGCUCAUCUGUAACGUCAUCAUCUGACAACAAGGAGAAAGGGGACUCCAAGUCGAAGUCCAGAGGACUGUAUAAGGAUUUGGAGAAGAUUUUCUCUUCAAACUGAUUAGAAUCAUUCAGUAUGAACAUUCAUAUUAAGAUGAGGUGCGAAAGUUCAUUUUGAGCUCUGCAGUGGAAGAAGACUUUUUUGGAUUAAUGGAAUUUAAAAUCCUAAACAUAAUCACAGGUGGCCGUAGGAAGGAACGAACAUAUAUGUAGACCAAAUACAAUGUUUGAGCAAGUUUAAUUUAUCGAUGGUGAUUCCUAGAUUGUAGUUGUGCUUCAGCUUUUCACUGUCAGUAUGUUUGAUGUACAGGAUGACAUGUGAUGACUUGAUGAGGAGAGCUGAGGGGGACUUAAUCUUGCAUCUGCUAUCAAUUUCUAAUGCUGUUACAUUCUCAACUUUAAAUCAAGGCAAAUAAUUGGUAUUUGUUGAAACA